UAAUAAAAAAUAAUAAUGACGGCAAAAAUGCAAUCUAGGUGCUGGACUAGGCCGAGCGGUAUAGAGUGCUACAUAUACUACUCGGUGCCUGCGAUAAAAUCUAUUCGAUUGUGUGUCCUCUCUCCGUGUUUAUCUCCCCCUUUUCAUUUUUCAUGUACUUUUCUUUGGAGCAGGCUGUGGUUGAUGGAGGAGAACAGUUCGAUUAGCUCGUCGGAAUCGAGCAGCGAUCGGAGUGUGAGAGCCGAUCCGACGGCGAUCAGCGAAGAUGUGUGGGAAACAGCAGAAGCAGUGGCGUGGCAUGAGGUUUUAGAGUGUAUUCACCCGACGCUUGACUCUCAGGAGAAGCGUAGAGACGUUAUUGACUAUGUUCAGCGACUUAUUCGCCGCUCUCUUGGCGUCGAGGUGUUCCCCUAUGGUUCAGUUCCGCUCAAGACUUAUUUACCAGACGGAGAUAUUGACUUGACUGCCCUGAGUACUCCUAAAGGUGAUGAUUCUUUGUGCCGUGAUGUACUUGCGGUCAUGCAUGGCGAACAGUUAAAUGCAAAUGCCGAAUUUGAAGUGAGAGAUACGCAGUUUAUUGAUGCUGAGGUUAAGCUUGUAAAAUGCCUAGUCGAUAAUAUCGUGAUAGAUAUAUCCUUUAAUCAGCUAGGAGGACUUUCCACACUCUGUUUUCUCGAACAGGUUGAUCGUCUCAUUGGGAAGGAACAUCUGUUUAAACAUAGUAUCAUCCUGAUAAAAGCAUGGUGCUACUAUGAAAGCAGAAUCCUUGGUGCCCAUCAUGGUCUCAUUUCUACAUAUGCUUUGGAAUCAUUGAUUCUCUACAUAUUCCAUAUGUUCAAUUCAUCUUUAAAUGGACCACUAGCGGCUCUUCAUCGAUUCUUGGUUUAUUAUAGCAAAUUUGAUUGGGAGAACUACUGUAUUAGUCUGAAUGGUCCAGUUUGCAUUUCCUUUCUGCCUGAUCUAGUUGUUGAUAAUCCAGGUAAUGACGAAGAGCCAAUGCUUAGCGAAGAAUUUCUUAGAAACUGUGUGGAUAUGUUUUCUGUUUUACCGAAAUCGUCGGAGUCCAAUUUCCGCGCGUUCCCCAAGAAAAAUCUAAACAUUAUUGAUCCUCUGAAGGGAAACAAUAACCUCGGGCGCAGUGUUAAUAGAGGAAACUAUUUCCGGAUACGCAGUGCUUUUAAAUUUGGUGCCCGCAAACUUGGUAAUAUCCUUAGUUUGCCAAGGGACAGACUUGCUGAAGAGAUAAUGAAUUUCUUCGAGAACACUCUGGAGAGGCAUGGACGCAAAAAUGCUCCAGAUAUAUCUGCUGAUGAGCUUGAGAGGUUACCAGUUACGGUAUAUUCGAAUGAUGAAGUACAUCUGAACAAAUUCAAUGGAAAUCUUGUUCACGAUAUGUUGGGGUUGGAAGAUAAUAUCAGGUAUGCAUCAAGAAAUGAGCCAGACAGGUAUUCGAACAGCACAGUAUCUUCACAGAUGGUGCAAGCAAGCCCAGAAGGAACCUUGGGAGGUCACUAUGAAAAAGAGUAUGAUGAGCUCGUCACAGAUAGGUGUCUGCACUUGCAGAACACAAAUUCAGAACCUAAUUUUUCAUCGCCUGGGAGAGAUAACUGUGAUUCUUUCUCAACAAACUUCAAGGCAGGAUGUUUUGGUGAAUCGGCAAUCUCUAGUCAAGAGGAUAUUCUCUCAGAUGGUCCAUCUGUUGAUUUUAAAAAGAAAACCUUGGAUGACAAUUUAGAUGAUACUGAAGGUGUGAACCUUGCAGACCUUAGUGGGGAUUAUGAUAGUCACAUAAGAAGUCUCCUUUAUGGCCAGUGUUGCCAUGGAUAUGCGUUAUCUUCACCUGCAAAGUGUAGUACUCUUUUAUCAUUCCCUACUCAUGUGCAGAGCAAGCCCUGGGAUACUGUCCGCCAGUACUUCCCAAUACUCUGGAGGCUGAAUUCCAGUGAUGCAGCUUUUGUACAGCCUCCUUAUGCUGUUGACAAUUCUAAUCAAUCCACAGAUGGUUUUGGUUUGGUUGAAAGGAGAAGAGCACGAGGAACAGGGACAUACAUUCCUCAUCUGACGCGUAAUUCAUUCAACUAUCCACCCUCUCAGGUUAGGAGGAAUCAAUUGCAAGACACUCGCGGCCAGGUUCCGAACUACACCUACUACAACAUUGUGGAUUCAACUUCGCCCAGGACAUUAGAUGCAAAUUCUGUAAGAACUAAUUCAUUUGAAGGAGGUGACCAAAUGAGUGUGAAAGAACAGUCAAGUUUUGAAAAGCAAGAUUCACCCAACCAACCAGUUAACUCUUAUGGCAAUGGAACCUCAAGGGCGAACUGGGAACUUAAGUUCGGGUCAUUUGGCCCUUUGGCAGAAGGCAGUUCAUUGGGUUUGAGUGAAUCUGUUGCAGGGGUAUCUGUUUCAAGCCCCGUGUCCUCAGCAGUGCGGAACUCCGAAGAUGUAGAAGGUAACAAAGAAAGGGACGCGGAGAAUUUUCUAAACCUCCAGAAUGAUGAAGACUUCCCCCCUCUUUCUUCCUGAAUCCCUUGUAGGGCUACAUCUGUGCAUGUCUUAACUUGAGGUGGAUAAGUUAUAGGUUCUAACUUUCAGAAUGAUCUUUAGAGGUUUUUUGGGUUGAACACCGUUCAAACUCUUGUCUUUUUGGUUCGUUCUCACAUUAGGAACACAAAUGGGAAAAAAAAAAAAGAAUAGAUGGAUUAACUUUUUUGUAGAUUGUACAAUCUUCUGGUUAAUUUUUUCCCUGCA